GUGCAAUAAACCGUCUGAGACCCAAGGUUAUCAAUUAUUUUACAAAGGAGGCGAGAGCGAGGACAGGGGAGAGCACGGAUAGGAAAAGCCUCUGCUCACUGGCCGUUUCGACUUCAUUUGAGAAGGUUUUUUCCCCCUUCGCAGGUUGUCCUCCUUGGAUCAGAGUAGCGGCCAUGGGGCUUGUGCUCAUUUGGAGACGCUUCUUCCUGCCACAGUGCGGCGCUGUUGAGAUCAAUGUCAUUGUCGUAGAUAUUUUUGUUUGCAAGAACUCGAACCCAGCACAAGAAACCUUCAAGAUUCUCGAGGGAUACAAUACCUUGCAAUGCAGACCUUCGAUGGCCCCGGCUGCUACGUGGUCGUGGAUGGGGAGGGGCCCUGCGUAUCCGAGCCUUCCUAUUGGCUCCAGAGUCUGCACAGCGGAGAGGGGGGUACAUCUAAUCAUAUCCAGCAUGUUUUGCACAAGAAAUGUCAGCCAGAAAGGGCUAUCUUCUCCCCUCGCCAAAAUACACUACAAUAAUGUCAUGCUCGGACAGCCCCGCAGGAAACGCGUUUUUUGUGGAUUCUCUGAUCAGCGGUCGGACCGAGGGUGCAGGGGGACACUACUACCCGGGCAGCGGCGUGUGUCUGCCCCAUAACACCGCCUCGGAGGUUCCUUACGGACUACAGAACUGUGGAUACUUCCCUGGCAUAGGCAAGCGGAGCAACGCAGGUCCCCAAAACAUGAUGUCUGCCGCGUCAGGCGCGUAUAUGUCAGGCAUGGAGAUGUGGAUGGACGCGCAGAGGUCGUGCAGAAUGGACCGAAUGGACCAACAACAAACUGUGGGUCCCCAGGUCGCGCCCUGCUCGUUCCCGCAGAGCAUUAAGGAGGAGAGCGCGUACUGUCUCUAUGAACCGCAGAAGUGCCCUAAAGCCUCCACAGCCGAAGACCUGACAUACUCGAGGCUAACCACAACAGGCUCCGGUUCAGGCUCCUGUACAGUCACCGACGGCGGCGGUGGUGGGGGUACUGUACCCGUGCCUGGCUACUUCCGCUUGUCUCAGACGCACGCACGCUCUCAUAAAGUUUACCACGGUGCCCAAUCGAACCCCUCUCAUUCUCACUUUGGCCUACACCCCCCUGCACCAACUCGUUUCCACACCUCGACACCCCAGCUGUCCUCAGCUUUAGCCUGCUCAGCCACGGCGGAGCACAGGAGGAGAGACACCGAGGAGGCUCUGUCCUCCGGUAACGCGCCCAAGCCCCAGCAGAGGAAGGCCCUACUGGGGGACGAGGAGACGCGAGCGUCCUCCGACGGGGAACCUUCCUCUCCCGAGGAAGCUGUGGUGGAGCUCGAGAAGGAAAAGUCAGUGAAAACGACUAAAGGAGACUCAAAAAGUGAGAGCACCGCCAACUGGCUAACAGCAAAAAGCGGCCGGAAGAAACGUUGCCCAUACACCAAGCACCAGACACUGGAGCUCGAGAAGGAGUUCCUCUUCAACAUGUACCUGACUCGCGAGCGUCGCCUAGAGAUCAGUAGGAGUGUGCACCUGACCGACAGGCAGGUCAAAAUAUGGUUCCAGAAUCGCAGAAUGAAACUGAAGAAAAUGACCCGGGAAAACAGGAUUCGGGAGCUCACGUCAAAUUUCGGUUUUUCGUGAUAACACUGAAUGUUUUUAAUAAGCUUUGUAUUAAACGAGCUUUAGUUAUAAUGCAAGUUGAAAAGGGCACAUAUUUCUUAGGCCUACAGGCAAGCCUUUGCAUCGUCCUGUAUAGCUACUGGUAAAACGUGAAUGUUAUCGGUUGUUUCUUAUUUCUUCAUAUUCUGUCACAUCUUGGAUUAGGUGUCUUGGGUAAAAUAAUGGUUGACAUUUUAUCUAAAUUGGAGCUACACAUAUAAAUCACAAUUGAGUUUUACAAAUAUAUUGCAUAUAUUGUGCAGUUUCUUUAAAAUGUAGAUUGCAUGAAACAACAUGAUUCAGACCCCCCCUUUCCCUGCAUUUUGCAAUGUGGAUCACACAAGGCCUAUCUAUCAACAGUGAGGGAACAAGAUGAGUCGACCUAUAAAUGUAUUGUUCCGAUAUAUUAUGAUGAGUUGAGGAUCAUUUUGUUGUGUAGACUCGAACUAAGGGAAACGUACAUGAGCAGUCUACAUUGUGAAAAUGUUUUUAUUGUGUAUAACAUUAUGUACAUAUGAGAUUGUGUUUUGUGUAUUGCGUAAUAAAUUAUAAG